AUGAAAGAGGUAAUCACUCGAUCGAAGGUUUAUUACCAGAGACCCAAGUCCUACACUUUGUUACAGAAAGUCAAGGCCCUAGCACCAGAUUCCAGUCAACUUCUCGGUUUCAUUCUGGCCCCCAUUCUCGGUUUCAUCUUUUUCAUGCCGUUGACCUUGGUUUCUAGCCCCGUGUGGUUCCCUAUUGGCGCCUUGCUGUUUGUUAGCAUCGCCGGGUUCUUGUCAGCAUGCAGCUUCGGAGCUGUUGCCGUGGCGGUGUUAUUAUGGUCGUAUCGUUACGUAAACGGCAUGCAUCCAGUAGGGUCCGAUACGGUUGAGCAACGGGGAAAAAGGAUAAUCGAUGAGAAAUACAAUGAUGCCAAGGAAUAUGGUGUGAAGAUGAUCGCGUAA